AAAAAAAAGAGACCCUUUUCUUUCUGCCUCAGGAACCUUCAAGAGAAGGAUUGCCCCCCCUCCCCCCGGGUGAGUUGUGCGUCCAGCAGGCCUGCGUUGGGCUUACUCGAUCCUGAUGCAGCCCUUUUUGGCCACCCUGUUGUCAAUUCCCACCAGCCCGGGUCUCAACAGCGAGAACGUUUCCGCCGCUACUCUGGUCAGUGCCCGCGAUAUCACCCCGAGGGCACCAUGGGGGACUCUGUUGGCUUGGGUAAGCUGCAGAGACGACGACGCGACAGCACUCUAUGAUUCCUCGCUUCUUUGUCUAUCAGAUGCUUCGAGGACCUGGGGGCUGUCCUGUGAGGAAAGGGUCUGCGUGAACGAUUCUCCGUUCUCCCCUCUCCUGAUUCCUAUCUGACCAUGACGAGCGGAGGGAGUUGUACAACGUGCUGCAUUCUCCCUCCAGUCUCGCAGUACGUAUGCCUGCCACAUCUCUGUCUGAAGAGGUCAGUGGGCAUGUUGAUCAGGCGCACUUUCAUUCCCAUGAUUUGUUGCCUUCAUAUCAGUCAUUUCUCUUUCGGUAUGUCCUGGUCUUGGUCUCGAAAGUUUGAGGUUGCUUGGGCCAUCUUGCCCAACGUGGUGAUUGCAAAGAGGAGGGACCCAGAGAGCCGGGUCACCUUAUCAGCACCCAGACCAUGUGUUGAUAUUCAGGCCCUUUUCUCAGGCCGUAAACGAGAGCCAUGGGAGGCCCUUUGGGGUCCAAAAAAGGAUUUGCGGUGACCCUUUGUCUCCCAUUAGGGCAUUAGUUCCCCCGGGGAGCGUUGACCCUGUCUCGUUUGGUAUCCCCGUUCUUGUACUCAGCACGACGCAUCAGGGUUCAUUUCUCGCCCCAGCUUUGCUGUAUGGCCGGUGUUUCAACCGUCUGCGUCACUGGUUCUUUUGCACGAACGAGCGACGAUUCUCAAGCAAUGGUCGUUGUACGAACAUUGGCAAUGAUCACGGUUCUGGCACGUGCUGUCGGUGCUCGGUCGAGUUGCCUUCGUACAACAUGUUGAAAUUGUACAAUGCACACUCUUCUCUCCUCAUCUUCCUCCUCGUACCGUUCCCUACAAGUACAUU